GCGGGGCCCGUUUUGUUGUUCCUCGUCGUCGCGUUCGUCUUGUAGAGUGGCAACAAAAGGAGAGGAGUGCGGCUCGGAUUAGAGUUGGACUCGGCAGGAGCGCUAAAAAGCGAGGCAAAAAGGAGUCCAAAUCCGGAGCUUCAGGGGAACAAGGAAGGCGAACCCAACCCAGUCUUCCGUCAAAAAACCCAACCCAGUCCAAAUCCAAUCACCCGAAGAGAGCGGAGGGAGGAGGAGAUUUUGGUAGCGCGCGCGUGCCCGCCGGAGAGAGAGAGAGAGGGAGAGACAAGGAGUCGACGACGCGCCGCCGCCCGCCGAUGCGGAAGUUCCAGGAGUCCGUGAAAGCCCUCGAGGCAGACAUCGAGCACGCCAAUGCGCUGGCGUCGGAGUUCCUGAGGGACUACGAUGGGUCGGUGAUCCAGAUGCGGAUGGCGUACAGCGCCGUCGCGCAUUUCCUCGUGCAGUGGACGGACUGCAGGCUCGCCGGCGCGCUGGGCCUGCUCAAGAUUAUGAUUUACAAGGUGUACACGCCGGACGGGGUUGCGACCCCAUCGAAUUGGGAAAGAGAGGCGAGCAUCAGAGAAUUCUACGGUGUCAUAUUCCCGUCGUUGCUUCAGUUGCCGAGCGGGAUCACCGAAUUGGACGACAAGAAGCAGAGGAGGCUGUGCAUGGACAAGUUCAGGAGGAUGGAUGGCGAUUUCUCGGAGGUGGAUUUGGAGAGGGAGCUCGAGUGCGGGAUUUGCCUCGAGCUCAACGCCAAAACCGUGCUGCCCGACUGCGCGCACUCGCUCUGCUUCAGGUGCUUCGAGGAUUGGAACGCUAAAUCGAAGUCGUGCCCAUUCUGCCGCGCCUGCCUCGAGAAGGUGAACCCAAACAGCCUGUGGGUGUACACCGAUGGUCGUGAUGUUGUGGACACGGCUGUCUUGACAAGGGAGAACAUUCGGCGUCUGUUUAUGUACAUAAAUAAGCUGCCACUUGUAGUCCUCGGUGUUGCUGACCUUGACAUUUACGACUACCGUAUCAAAUAAAAAAUGAUCUUGUUCAUACUUACCGUAA